AUGGAUAUUCGGGCUCAAAUCAGAAAUGUUAUUGAGAAGAACAAAGAGAUGAGCAACGCAGAAACUGAGUUGGAUGAUGGUAGAAUCAUGGUGACGGAAGUGGAUAUACAGCAUUUUGUCGCUUUGUGGACUGGAAUACCUGUUGAUAAGGUCUCUAGUGAUGAAUCUAAUCGGCUUCUGAAGAUGGAAGAGACACUUCACCAUCGAGUCAUUGGGCAGGAUCAAGCUGUCAAAGCCAUUAGCCGUGCCAUUCGCCGUGCUCGUGUUGCACUCAAGAAUCCCGACAGGCCUAUUGCGAGCUUUAUUUUCUCCGGUCCAACUGGAGUGGGGAAGUCGGAACUAGCAAAAGCGCUCACUGCUUACUACUUUGGUUCUGAGGAAGCUAUGGCUAGGCUAGAUAUGAGUGAAUUCAUGGAGAGACAUACUGUCUCGAAGCUCAUGGGUUCGCCUCCAGGUUAUGUUGGUUAUACUGAGGGUGGUCAGCUGACAGAAGCUGUUCGCCGUCGGCCUUAUACUGUUGUGCUGUUUGAUGAGAUUGAGAAGGCUCAUCCAGAUGUUUUCAACAUGAUGCUUCAGAUUCUUGAAGAUGAGCGCUUGAGUGACAUUAAAGGUCGGACUGUUGACUUCAAAAACACACUCUUGAUCGUGACCUCAAAUGUGGGAAGUAGCAUCAUCGAGAAAGGUGGGGGACAGAUGGGUUCUGAUGUAGAUUAUGAUGAGAAGGAUAGUAGUUACAACAGGAUUAAAACCAUGGUGGCCGAGGAAUGGAAACAGUAUUUCAAGCCCGAAUUCUUGAACAGAUUGGAUGAGAUGAUCGUAUUCAGACAACUUACUAAGCUGAAGGUGAAGGACAUUGCUGACAUUAUGCUCAAGGAAGUGUUUGAGAGGUUGAAGAAGAAGGAAAUACAACUCUAG